AUGAGUACUGCAGGGCCAGUUAACGAGCUGUGUGGCCGUGAUCUUCGUAAGCAUUUGGAAGAACAUGAACCACAAGUCGGUAGAAAUAAAUUAUCAGCACGACGUAGAUUAGUGAAAGAGUCGUCAAUGAAAGCCGCAGAUCCAAGUGCUAAAAGACCAAAAGCUGAUCGAGAAAAUGGCGAAGACGAUAUUGCAGCGCUGAUGGAUGAACUAAUGCAUAUUAGAAAAGGACAUACAUCGGAGCAAAUUAAUAGAAAACAAGAAAAAUGCCAGAAAGAAACAUCAACGGACAAUCUGCUUUUGGACUACUCAUCUACUCCGAGUGAAAUUACUGAUGAUAUCAAAGUUCAAAGAAAAUGGAACGACGAUAAUAUGAUCUUCAGAAACAAGAUCUGUGCAAGAUCAGAACCAAGGAAGAAAUGCGAUGUAUUUGAAAACGACUCCUCAAGACAUGCAUCCCACCGUAAAUUCAUAGAGAAAUUUUUCAAAUAA